UCCGUCGACGCCACCAUGGCGGCGCUCCUAGCCCGGCAGGCAGCGCUGGCCCUGCGCGCGAGCCAGACGGCGCAUCUCGGUCCGUCCGCGACGGCGAUGCAGGGGCACCUCCGGACCUACAUGAACGCGGGGGCGCCCAAGCGGUUCAAAGAGGACGAGGAGAAAGAACAGCUCGCGAAGGAGCUCGCCAAAGAUUGGAAUGCUGUGUUUGAAAGGAGCAUCAAUACGUUGUUCUUGACUGAAAUGGUCCGUGGCUUGAGUCUGACGCUCAAGUACUUCUUCGACAGGAAAGUUACAAUUAACUAUCCAUUUGAGAAGGGUCCUCUGAGCCCCCGCUUCCGAGGGGAGCAUGCUCUCAGACGUUAUGAUUCUGGGGAAGAGCGUUGCAUUGCCUGCAAACUAUGUGAAGCUAUAUGCCCAGCCCAGGCAAUUACUAUUGAGGCAGAAGAACGUGAAGACGGCAGUCGCCGAACCACAAGAUACGAUAUUGACAUGACCAAAUGCAUCUACUGUGGGUUCUGCCAGGAAGCUUGCCCUGUUGAUGCUAUUGUUGAAGGCCCUAACUUUGAGUUCUCUACUGAAACUCACGAGGAACUGUUGUACGAUAAGGAGAAACUGCUCGAGAAUGGCGAUCGCUGGGAGACUGAGAUUGCUGAAAACUUGAAGUCGGAGGCCCUUUACCGUUGAUUUCCUCCCAUUUGCCAAAAGAACUGGAUGUGUCAUUUUUCCUAUUUCGCUCAGCUAGCCGAUAAAUAAGCAAAACCUUGUAUCUUACUUGACCUGAAAACCAGGUGCCAUAUCUGUUGUACUAUGCUCCAGGGUAAAGGUGCACGACAUGUUUUUGCUGUCAUUGAAUUGUUUUUGACUAUGAUAUUGAGGGGAAAGAAUACUGGUGGCAAGGAAUCGGCAUUUCCUUGCCAGUGCA